CGCUGUAGUUCUGCCACCGUAAAAGCCUGAGAAGGAGGAGUGUAGCCUACCGCAGAACAGGAGACGUUUUACUUUACCACACCUCGACUCGUGAGCUGACCGUUUUAAAGAUAUCAUGUUCGUUUGAGAGAGAAAGCGGAUUCCACACUGAUGUUACGGCCCUACAGUACCUGAGGCAGUGGAAAUCUGGGGAGACGAGCAUCCACAGGAGAUUCAGUGAGAGGGAAGAGGUGACAUUCUAAACGUUAAGAGAAAGGAAUAGAACCGGACUUGGCACUGAGCCUUGGGGGACACCCAUCUUUUUUGGGGACUGGACUGGUUGCAACGCUCUCACCAUUCCACCCUAAGCGGCGUUCUUGUUCUCCACCACGUCCUCUGCUGCCUGCAGGGCGUCCAGAGAGAACCAGGGCCUCCGGACCCACUCAGAGCAAAGCAGCAGCACAGCAGGGAUGAGCGAGUUCUGGCACAAGAUUGGCUGCUGCGUGGUGGCCAAACCUCCACCGAGAAAGAGGCGCAGGAAAAUCGACCGCAGCAUGAUCGGCGAGCCCACAAACUUUGUCCACUUGACACACAUUGGCUCUGGGGAGAUGGCAGAGGGCCGGGCCCCGUCAGGGCCGGUCCAGGAUAAGAUGAGGUCGAAAGGACCCAGUGCCAACGGCUGCAGGAGCAUGUUAUAGCUGCUGCCUACCAAGCAUGGAGAACCAUUUCCAUCCUCCUCUAUGCGCCCCUCUCAUCCCAAAUCAAAAGCAGUCACUGCAGCGUAACCUGUUUCUAAUGGAGCACUUGGCAAACCUGAGAGCGGACCUAAUAGAGAGCAGAGAGGCUCUUCCUGACGUCUGCAGGAUCCAUUUAGCCAAACAGGACGAUGCCCUUUCUGUGGUCACCACAAGAAUCGCCCUGCUCAGAGGAGGAUGGACUGAUGUUUUUGAUGCUUUUUAAAGAAAAGUAUUUGUCUUUCUGAUGGACUUUGGACUUCCACUGUAUUUCAGCCAACAACGUUUCUGUGUCACGGCCAGCAAGCGUGUGUGAGAGGGCCGGUGAGAGUGUUUAGCAAAAUUUGUUGACUAACAUGGCUGAUUCCAUUUCAGGAAGUGAAGAUUAUGUUCUCAAGGAUCACCUGAAUGUUGUAAACCAUUGACCUACUGCCAAACAAAUAGUAUCCAAAAUAUCUUGCGUAUCUGUCUAAUGAAUGAGGAUGCACCUUUAUUUUCCCACAGUGCAUAGUUAAAGGUGUCUUUGUGUGUGUUUAUAAGUGCAAAAUGCUAUGUGAUUUUGUUGCUGUUUAGAUGCCAGUACUGAGUAGUGUUAUUUUGAUUGUACCAGUUGCUAUAGAGCCCCAUUUGGACUGCUACCCAGUUGCCAUAGAACCCCAUUUGGACUGCUACCCAGUUGCCAUAGAACCCCAUUUGGACUGCUACCCAGUUGCCAUAGAACCCCAUUUGGACUGCUACCCAGUUGCCAUAGAACCCCAUUUGGACUGCUACCCAGUUGCCAUAGAACCCCAUUUGGACUGCUACCCAGUUGCCAUAGAACCCCAUUUGGACUGCUACCCAGUUGCAAGCAUACAGGUAACUGCCAAAAUAAAGGAAACCCCAACAUGGUGUCUUAAUAGGGCAUUGGGCACCACGAGCCAGAACCGCUUCAAUGCACCUUGGCAUAGAUUCUACAAGUAUCUGGAACGCUUGGAGGGAUGCUACACCAUUUUUUUCCACCAGAAAUUCCAUCAUUUGGUGUUUUGUUGAUGGUGGUGGAAAACGCUGUCUCAGGCUCCGCUCCAGAAUCUCCUAUAAGUGUUCAAUAAGGUUGAGAUCUGGUGACUGAGACGGCCGUGGCAUAUGGCUUACAUCCUUUUCAUGCUCAUCAAACCAUUGUGACCACUUGUGCCCAGUGGAUGGGUCAUUGUAAUCCUGGAAGAGACCACUCCCAUCAGGGUAGAUCUGUUUCACCCUACAGUAGGUAGAAGGUGAUCACUCAGAAUGGCUGUGUAUUUAUUGGAGUUUACCUUGUCCUCCAUGGGGUUGAGUGGACCUAAACCAUGCCAGGAAAAUGCACCUCCACACCAUAACAGAGCUGCCAAUAAGUACCCUCAUUUACUCAAGUGUUUCCUUUUAUUUUAGCAGGUCCCUGUAGCUGGUCACUGUGAUACACAAUUUACUAGCACCUACUCUGAAAAACCCAAACUAUUAGUCAGCGGGAAGAGUCUGUUAGUAACACGGGUUGUUGUUGAAAUUCGAAACACCCUGACCAUUACGGGGCUUUCCAGUGAUCUAUCCUGGAAUUAUGCCACUCAUUAAAUCAACUGCAUCGAAGGAACAUUCCAGAAGGUAGUUUGUUCUCUUGUCGAGGGGGAUGUCCACCCCCUUGAUCAGAAUGGAACAUUUCAACCAUUUCACUGUGCAUUCCCCUUGUAAUUUCUAUAUGGCCUCCCACUUGAGCUUGUUGUAGGUGACGUGCCCUCCAAGCUGGCUUGUGACCCACAUGACAUCCACACGAUAGUGACAUACAUUCUGAAACCAGGUGGCAGUUUUAAACAUCUGAUUUAAAUCAUACAGUAGAAAUGAAAGUUUGUUUCCUGUACACAACUGUAUUUCUGACGUGCUUAGUAUACACAAUCUGUGAAUAACUCGUCACGCUCUGUCGUUUUUUUGCUAAGUGUGUCCAUACGGGGAAAAACUCACUGUUUGAAUUGGAAUGUUUUUUUAAUAUUGUAUCUUAUGUGAUUUAGCUAGGCCAGUAUCCUAUGUGAUUUAGCUAGGCCAGUAUCCUAUACCAGAACAUAUGGCGUAUGGAUGGUGUAGAACAUGUACAGUAUGUUGUCCCUUUCACUAAUACCGUAUGUGUUUUAUACACUGGGCCUAAUGUUUACUUAAUGCUGAAGGGUGACUUUGCAUAUUGCUUGGUGGCUUUCCUAUCUUUGUUAGAGCAUGUAAUCCUGGGUAAAUUCUCAGCCCAACAGAAUGACUGCUGCCUUGAAGUUUCUUGAACAGUGUACAUUGGGAACGUCAGUCAUUUGAGUCUGUUGGCAUUUUAAGUUUCUAUCCCAUCUUUAUCAUGAUUGUUGUUAGACCAAAGCUUGAGUUCAUUAGAAAUGAUUUGUGCAACCUCUUGAUUCUUCCUGGAAAUACAGUUCACAUUCUGAAUAGAAUUCUAGGGGAGUAAUCUCUUCUGAUGUUGAAUGUUAUCACCAAAUGUGUUACUCAAUUUUCACUGCCUGGUACAGAAAUAAUAGAAUUUCAACCAACUGGUUCCAGUGGCCCCUAUGGGCUCUGCUGUGAACAUUUCUGGGAGAUUGUAUCAUUUUCAUUGAAGUUAAAGUGGGAAUCUAUAGUUGCUACAUCCAUUUUGGGAUUUAUAAAUGAUAUAUACCCAUUGAUUCUUGAAUAUCUUAUAAAUGCCUUAGUUCAACUAUAUUGUUGAUAUCAUGGAUGUUCAGUCCUUGCAUUAAUAGCUCUGAGUUUGAGAGCGGUUACAUUUCUCCAGGCCCAUCCUUCAGCGUUUUACCAAAACACAGGCAGGGUGACUGCUUUGUUAUUGUUUCAAUUAAGGAUUCUAGCUUUAAUCUCAAACUAUUUCAACAAACACAUCUCACUGAAUCCAUCUGGUAUAGCACAAAUAUUGCAAUCUAAACAAAUGCCCUAAAAUAAAUGGAAUGUACACUAUA